AUGGGUACAUGUGGAUCGAAACCAUCAAAAAAUAAAAACAACAAAACAAAUAUAAAAAAGAAUAAUAAAAAUAAUAAAGAUACAAAGAGAUUAAGUUCAAAUCUAUCAAAGAAUGGUGGUAGUACGUCAUCAUCAUUACAACAAUUUGAUAAUGGUAUAAAUGGUGGAGAUGCAAAGAAAUUUCAUGACGAACAUAAGAAUAAUUUAAAUCAAGUUGCAUUGAAUUGGAAACCAAAUACCAUUGGAAUUUGGAAGAGAUCACAUGAAAAGUUAGCAAUUCAUACCGAUAUACCAAGAUUAGGACACAAGAUUGAAAUUAUAGAUAAAAUGGAUAGACUUCAAAAUAUUAGUUUUUCAAAUGUUACUUCAAUCUCUUUAAAUAAUAAUAUUAUACCACCAAAUAAUAAUACUGAUAUAAAGAGUAAAGAUGAUGGUGGUAAUGAUAAUGAUAAUAAUAAAGAAAAUGAAGAACAACAACAAGAACAAUUAGAACAACAAGAAAAACAAUCAAUUGAAGUAACACCAAAAUCUGAACAAUUAAUUGAACAUAAUUCAAAAUAUACAUCAUUGACAACGUUAACAUCACAUGGUACAUUUUCAACAGCACAAGUAUUGAAAAAAGAAGAGGUAGUAUAUCAAGUUUUAACCAAUUUAGCUCAUCUAUUAGAUGGUGAGGAGAAAGAAAAGAGAAUAAAAAGUACAUUUUCAAACUAUAUUAAAGGAUCUGGUGAUAUGUCACAACAACUAUUGGCAUUAUUGGGUCAAGAAGUUGGUGAGAAUAGUAGAUUGAUGCAAUUGUUGAAAGUUUGUCAUCAGAAAAUCAUUCUUCCAAGUUAUUAUUUCAUCAAGGCAAAUCUAUUUGAAGAAUUACCAUUCAGAGAUAAAAGAGGUAGUUGGAGAAUGAGAAUCACCUUUGAAACUGAUGGAUCUGUGAUUGCAUCUCAUUCAAAACGACAACAAUCAACAGCUGGUGCUGAAAAUGAUCCUGAAUUCGAAUUUGAAUGGUGUCUCUCCAUUAUCUUUGAUAAAGAUAUGGUCAUUAGUGGUCUAAAGGUUGAAGUGACCGAUUUAAUCAUUAGUAAAAAUAUUUCAGACGAUAAAAAACAAGAAAUUCAACGUGCUUUCCAAGUUUUACAACAAGCUACAAAUAAUACAAAUAGUAAUAAUAAUUCUGAACCAAUACCAUUAAAUAAAGUCGAUUAA